UCGUCGCGAUCUAAUGCAGUUGCGAUAUGGCGACGAAAAAUGUCGACAAGACGUGCUCCGCGUUGCCGAUGACGCCGCAGGAUCAUCAGACGGAAAAGUCUCUCCUGACUGAUCGCGACGUUAACAAAAUAUUGGAGCGUAAACUCGGCAGCGGUAACUUCCGACUCGUUGACUGGAGAUUGGAGCACCUUCGCGACACGAACGGCCUCCUCGGCCAAUAUUAUCGUUUGCACAUUUCGGUAAGAUGCGGCGAAGACGAGACGCGGAGUUUGCAGUUCUUCGCCAAGGCGCCGCCGUCCGAUAGUCCGUCGUGCGGGUUCCUGGAACGUUACGACACGUUCAACAAAGAGAUCGCCGUUUAUACAGAUCUAAUGCAGCGAAUGGGCACGGGUGGAUUCCCGAAAUGGAUGGCGGAGUGUUAUCUCGGCAAACAGAAUGCCAUCAUCGUUUUGGAAGACGCUUCGUUAGACGGUUACGCGACUCUGGACAAAUACGUGCCGUUCGACGAGGAGCACUGCGUCUGGACACUAAGAACUCUUUCGAGGUUGCACUCAAGAUCUCUGAUACUGGACGAGAGACUCCGCCGAGAAGAGAACCGGACCAUCCUCGAUCUUUACGGACACCUGCUGAUCGAGAUACUCUUCAAUGACAAGGACGAUAUAUCGAAGAGACUUCUUGCCUCUAGUAUUAUGGGACUUCACGCAAUGGUUGAUAUUGCCGAGGAUUUCGGUGACGCUAGAAUCAACCUUAAACAUCGUAUCACCACGUGGUCGCAGAAUAUUGCGCGAUUAUUGGCGCCGUCCGAGAGACAUAGAAACGUCAUCUGUCACCGUGACGUCUGGGUGAAUAAUAUAAUGUUUCGACACGAUCUGGCCGGCAAUACGAACGGUUGUUACCUCGUAGACUGGCAGUUCUUAUGUUACUGUCCACCGGCGAUCGAUUUUGCGUGCUGCGUAUAUCUCACCACCACUCGAAGCAUCAGGGAUCGUUAUUUCGAUACUUUUGCCAAGAUCUAUCACGACUCGCUCGCAGAAUGUCUGGCCGAGGAAGGCCUCGACAUUAACAGCCAUCUGUCCUGGAUGGCGUUUCGCGAGAGUUACGUGGAGGCGCGAAACAUAUCACUUUUUUAUGCCUCGCUCAAUCUGCAAAUAAUGAUGCUAUCUAAAUCGGCGAUUAUACAAUAUUUUCACGUUGAGACCGACAAACUCGAACAAGUCCUGUACGGCGACGGACGAGCGGAACUCGUGCGACAUCAGUAUGAGAAUAAUUCCGCGUUUAAGACGCGUAUUCUAGAAAUUGUACUCGAACUCAAAGAUCGCCUGCCCGAGGGUUUCUACCGAAUCCUUAAUUCCCGAAUCUACGGAUCGUGAAAUACGACGUGUUCGCACGCGCGUGUCGUUGCUUUACCUGCUUUACGAUCUGUGAUAAAAGACUGGAAUCGCGCCAAGUAACAUCGUCGGAAUCUUAUUUACGAUUCUCGAUUGCUGAUACGUUUCGAAAACUGUGUCGUUUCAUCAUUCGGAAGGAAUCUUGUUCGAUUAGAACGAAGAUAUCAUCUCGCGAAAUGUGUCCUACGUCUAUAUCUGCUACUGCGUAAUGUAUUUCUUUUAUUGAUAUUGGAUGAAUGAUUACUCUUUGUAAAUAUAUGUAUAUAUAUAUAUAUAUAAAGUUAGCCCUGAUUUUUUCUCACACAAUAUAGGAAGAAAUUUACAUUGCUCUGUAUAAUAAUUACAAUUAAAAGAAAUUUUUAUGUGAAAAAUGUCAACGGAUAAAUUACGUCAAGAACGGAAAAGAGUCUCGAGCCUCAAGAUAGUUAGAUAUAUUAAAACGCGUAUUGAAUGGGUAAAGAAAAGAAAUAUAUAUUGGAAUCUCUGUUCUUCAGUUAUAAUUGAUGAUGGAGAAACGCUUCUGAUGCAAAUAGACAUAUAAGAGGGUUUUUAUAUAGGAAUUUCAUUUCGCUCAUUUUUCAAAUGUCAUCAUUACCUCUCAUCUUCGUGAGAGUUUUUCCUUGACGAUGCAUAUUCAUUAACGCUCUAGCAAAAUGAAUAAAGUACUACUAUGUCAGAUUUUUGUUCAAAUACUUUUUUGUUUAUACUUUUAUGCAAUUGACACAAGUUGUAUAUUCAGUAUCGAGAAAAAUAAUUGUUUUAUCUCCAUCCCCGUCAUUCGGUCGUCGCCUCAAUCUUUGUUAAACGCACGGUCGUCAGAAAAGCUAAUUCUACGGUUAAAACCAUUGUGUGGCGUAGCGCUUUGCAAACUUAAACGAGACCAUCAUUCGUGUUACGUCAGACGAACUUUGUCGUGAAAAGAAAAAGGAAUUACGCUGCAUAAUAAACUUUAGAGCAGUCAGCCGAGGAAGAAAGCGCGAAGAGAAGAGAAGAAAGUCCCUGCCUCUUGAAAUAAGUCAUGUCACAUUCGUGCAUAAUGCACUUUUUAUUUGCAUGCAAUAGAAAACAUUCUUUUUAAUUGAUCAUCCAAUUUAAUCAUACAGAUAUUACUGUAACAAAAAAUGUCUAUAUAUAUAUAUUACACAUAAAGAAAUAUAUAUACGAAA